UUUAUCUAAAUUAAACUCAAACUGCCACUCUUUGGCCUAUUGGUCCAUCUGAUCAAGAUCCCGUUGUCCUCUGAGGUAACCUUCGUUGUCCACUACACCGCUAAUUUUGGUGUAAUCCGCAAACCUAACCAUAUUAAAUCACAUCCAAAUUAGUUAUAUAAAUGGUGAAAAGCAGUGGACCCAGCACGAUUCUUGUGGCGCACUGCUGGUCACAUGCCUGCAGUCUGAAAAGCCACCCUCCUCCACCACCCUCUGCUUUCUUCCUUCGAGCCAGUUCCAUAUCCAAAUGGCUAGCUCUCCCUGUGUUCCAUGUAAUCUAACCUUGCUAACAGUCUACCAUGAAAUUUGUCAAACGCCUUACUCAUGUCCGCCACUCUGCCCUCAUCAAUUCUGAUAAACUGUUAAAAGGGAAUUAGGUGUGCACUUGAAAAGGAAAAGCAAGGCUGUAGGGAAAGAGAAAGGAAGUGGAUCUAAUUGGAUAGUUCAUUCAAAGAACUACUAUUAGUAAGAUUGGUCAAAUGGCCUGCUUCUAUUAUUCUAUUCCCAUAAAUUCUAAUUCUUUGCUCUUCUCAGGAUGAACUGUUGGGGGCCUACUGUUUUCUGGACUGUUUGAAUUAGCAUCACUACCUUUACCAAAAGUAUUUUACCCCAACAACCACCUAUGAAAGUAAUGCAUUUGAAAAAUCUCACUGAAACACCAAAAGAAAGUGCAUCUCCCCUCAUUAACUUUAACCUUUAAGAUUCCAGAUUUUCAGUGCUUGCUUCAAAACAUGCCAGACCCUCUUACAGCUAGAAAAACAAUAUGGCUUCCUUUUAUGCAAAAAAUACUGCAGUGUGAUGAACAGACUGUUAUCAUUGGGCACAGUUCUGGUGCUGCUGCAGCUAUGAGAUAUGCUGAAACACACAGAGUAUAUGGUAUUAUAUUGGUGUCUGCAUAUACAUCUGAUCUUGGAGAUGCAAAUGAACAAGAAAGUGGAUAUUUCUGCAGUCCAUGGCAAUGGGAGAAGAUCAAAAGUAAUUGUAACCAUAUUGUUCAGUUUGGUUCAACUGAUGACCCUUUCCUCCCAUGGUCUGAACAGCAAGAAGUAGCAGAUGGUCUUCAUGCAGAAUUGCAUCAAUUCACAAACCGAGGGCACUUUCAGGAUGAAAAGUUUCCUGAAUUAAUAUCUGUUGUUUGUAAGAUGAUGAAAGCACCUUAAUAGUCAGAAGCCUUUUCAUCCAUGGAUUGAUUAUAGAUUGCUUUUAUUUUUUCUUAAACGCAUGUGUUAAAAUUACGACGAAGCUCGUGGUUUUGCUGCAAAAAAUACAUGGCUUGGUGUUCAGAAUAACUAAUUACAUUGUUGAUAAUGAUAAUAAAAUACAUUAAUCUACAACAUAA